AUGUGCUCUGAUGGCGUUUUGGCGACGGCCACUUCAGCAAGACUCAGUCAUUGUCGGGACACAUCUGCCCUGUCGUGUCUAGUGAGUGUGAUCAGGCAACGCUUGCUCCGCGAAGCGAAGCGAGGAAACCUUAAGAUCAUAGACAAGCCGAACUUCUCAAGUGAUCAUACUUCAACGAGUGUUUCUGUGCGCUUGGACAACUAUUUCCUCUUCAAACGACAAUUAGUGGCCACAACUGCCUCAGAAGCCGUUAUUUCUCGGGCUCGGUAUCAGUCUGCAAGGCCCAUCCAUGAGUUCCCGAGUUGUCUGGAGGGGCAGAAGGCCAAAAGCUCCUAUCCUCCUCCGAAUUGCGUCAACAGAAGUUGCCUCACGUCAUUAUAUAAUAACGGCGACCCUAGUAACUGUUGCCAUGGGCCUAGAUUUUUUGAUACCAACUUUUUUUUAACAUGUCAGAGAGCCAAUUUGCAUGCGUGGGUACGAGCCUCAGACCCAGAUCGGCCAAAAGUACCGGAACACAAAGUUGGCGUUGACCCUUUUUUCCCAGAUUGGCACAUCUUAGCCCAAGUCCAACAAUAA